AGAAGGGAGGUGUGAGCUUUGCAUGGUCCCACCUGCAUAUACUCACUCGAACAAAUUGCGAAGCUUGAACAUUGCCCGUUUUAAGACAUAUAACCGUGUUUGAGGAUGUAUCGCGCAAACAUAGUUGUCGCGGUGUGCGCAUUUGCACUGCUCUUGUCAGCAGCUCACGCAGCGGACAAGACGGUGUACCAGUAUGUUAUCUUUGGAGACAGCGUGACCGAUACAGGCAACGUCUUCCGCGAUGGCGGCGUGCCGGACCCGCUGAUCUACUACAAGGGCAGGUUCACCAACGGGCCCAACUGGGUCGACUACUUGAACCAGUCGCUCAGCGCCAAGCACAAAGUGCAGAUCUUCAACUAUGCGACCGGAGGCGGUGUUGCUUGCAGCUUCAACCUGAACAACACCCGCUACCCGUAUGCCCGGGACGCCGUCAACCAGACUGGGAACUUCCUCGCUGACCUGGCUCGCGGCAAGGUGCCCACCACAAAGUACACCCGCCGCAUCUCCGUCAGCUGGUUCGCCGCCAACGACAUCACCGUGGCGCUGUCGCGCGCGCUGACGUCGGGUGUUGACGCUGCCACCGCGGGCCGGCAGAUCGUGUCCAGCCUGGCCACCUGCCUGUCGCAGCACGUGGGAGCGCUGGCGGCCUCCGGCGUGCGCGAGGUGGUGUUGCUGCCGCAGUCGCCAGUGCAGGUGGCGCCGCUGGUGCCCGACUUCCUGCGGCCCAGCGUGGCCCAGCUGGUGGACGCGGUGGACGCCGCUCUGGUGCAGGCGAUGGCGGCGGUGAACGCGCAGCUGGAUGCGGCGCCGGCGGGCAGCCCCGCCGCGGGGGCGCACGUGUACCUGCUGGGGGACAGCAAGUGGAUCGGCCGCAUCGCGCCCGCCGUCCGCCCGGCCUUCAAAUACAUGGGCGACAGGUCUUGCUUCACCAACCCGGACUCCUCCAUGCGCAUCACGCCCGGCCUGGCCGACCGCAUCUGCACCGACCCCAACGACUACGCCUUCUACGACGAGAUCCACCCGACCACCAACUUCCACAAAGCGUACGCGCUGGACGCGCUGCUGCCGCGGCUGCAGCUGUUCCGCCUGGCGCCGCGGGACGUGUAGGUGCAGGUGUAGGGGCAGGUGUAGGGGCACGUGUGGGGCCGGCGGGGUGUCGACAGCGGCAGUCUGGCAGAUGGAGAUGGAGUGCUGGACAAGAGAAGGCGGCCGCCCACCUGUGAUUACCGGGAUGCCGUCUGCAUGCGUGCGUGUGCUGAGUGUGCGGGCUGCACAGCAAUUAGUGCGGGUGCGCCGCGGCGUGCGAAGAAAUCUUUUGAGGGACGAAGAUUUUGAGAUGUCAUGCAUCACGAAGAUGGCCAAGCCAGCGGUGUGCGGCUGCGUUGACAUGCAGUCAUGCGAAUUGACCACUGGGCACUUGGGCAGGCGGAGGGUGGUUGGGGGAGGAGUAAGGUAGGGGGGGACAUGGCAGGCACAAGGUGUCUGAUGGGCACGUGCAGGGUUGGGGCUGGGUGGCUUCUCGGAUGGGCGGCGAAGAUGCCGCGGAGAUGUGAGACGCGCGUGCGACACCCGGGUGCAUGCGUGUGUGAUUGUGUAGGCUGCUGAGGUGCUGCCCACAGGCUGGCUGUGCGCAGUGGUGGUGUGGGCAGUGGUGCUGUGGCCCAGUGGCAAGCGGCGUGUCCGUGUCCCCGCCGGCUGUGUCCGUGUCGGCACGUGUGUGUCGGUGUGUGUCGGUGUGCGGCGCAUCUACGUGAAUACGCUUACAGACACGGUACCCGCACAACCUGCCGGCAGCUUGGCCGACACUCAAGUCCCGCCCACCCCCAUUCCCUGUAAAGCGACCCAGGA